AUGGAACAAUUCCGAAUGAGAAGAAAGAGGAGAGAAUAUUUUUUUUUAUUAUUUUUCUUCACUUUAAAUUGUAAACUGAAACAACUUUUGACUUUUAUUACUUCUUUCUUUCUUUCUUUUAUUUCCUCCCGAUAUUUGUUUCCUUUUCUUUCUUUCUUUCUUUCUUUCUUUCUUUCUUUCUUUCUUUCUAUUCUCUGGUAUCAUUUCUGUUCGUUUUCUUCUUUCAUUCCAUUUCCUGUUAUCCUUUGUGUCCCUUUCUUUUUCUUUCUUUGUUUCUUUGCUCUUUCUUUUUUUCUUUUUUUCUUUCAUCCAUUCCUUCUUUCUUUCUUUCUUUCUUUCUUUCUUUCUUUCUAUUUCCUUUCCUUUCUUUCUUUUACCAUGAUUUACUUGUGGCAUUUUUUCUUUCUUUCUUUUCUUUCAUUUUCUUUCUUUCUUUCUUUCUUUCUUUCUUUCUUUCUUUCUUUCUUUCUAUUUCCUAUUAUCAUUUCUGUCCGUUUCUUUUCUUUCUUUCUUUCUUUCUUUCUUCCUUUCUUUCUUUCAGUUCUCUGCCUCAUCGCCUAA